UGAUAAAAUGUCAUUGCCCAGAAUUAACACGUGAUUCCAGAGUUCAAAUAAUCAUUUUCUAAAUGACUAUGAAUUGCAUGUAAUUGUGUCUGCAGUUUUGGGAUUGCAUUGAUUCCGCAAAGUCCACGACAACGGAAAUAUGAAGGUCCUUUUGAUAUUCCUAGCGAUAUCAGGCUGGUUGAGUAUUUGUAAGACAGAGACCCCAGUCGUUCCUAAUCGUCCCUGCUGUGUGUCGACUUAUAGAACCUGUUUCAAGUUCUUGGAUUGUGGGACCAGAGAGACGCAUGGAGAGGCCUGCUUCCAUUACUGCGGCAAGAGGUACAAGACCUGUCAAGCAAUGACGAACCAAUGUCGGUCUCCAAAAACGCUAAAUCUGGAACCACUAAGUAUGGUGGAUUUCCUGCGAUACGCGACCUCCGACGAAUGGAGAAAAAACCAGCAUGUGUAAACGUUACUGUGGAUGUGAACAUGGAUUUACUAUACGAAAAACUUCAUACAGUGUAUGUGAAAAUAACUUUACUAUACGAAAAACUUCUUACAGUGUAUGUGAAAAUAACUUUACUAUACGAAAAACUUCAUACAGUGUAUGUGAAAAUAACUUUACUAUACUAAAAACUUCAUACAGUGUAUGUGAAAAUAACUUUACUAUACGAAAAACUUCUUACAGUGUAUGUGAAAAUAACUUUACUAUACGAAAAACUUCUUACAGUGUAUGUGAAAAUAACUUUACUAUACGAAAAACUUUUUACAGUGUAUGUAAAAGUAAAACUAUAAGAGAAACUUCUUUCAGGGGUUGUGAAAAUAAAUUUACUAUAAGAGAAACUUCUUUUAGGGGUUGUGAAAAU